AUGUAUAGUAAUCGACAACAGGCUGCCAUUACAACCUACAAAAUAGGAUCACAGAAGAAAUGUAAAUCACUGAAAAGCACGUGUAAGCGGUUUGGUUUGCAGACAUCCGCGCAUGGCAUACCUCGGAUACUUGGCGCAAAAUCGACGCUAAAACGAUUUGUGUGGACAGUGAUAUUUCUUAUAGCGGCUGCAGCAUUCGUGCGUCAAUUUUCGAUACUUGUGGCACUAUUCAUAGAAUACCCGAUCGACGUGAAAGUGGAAGUGGUGUCGGAGCCUUCUAUGUUAUUUCCCUCGGUGACUGUAUGUAACACUAAUAAGCUGAGGCGAUCGGCCGUACAAGAUAGUCGGCAUCGCGAAAUGGUUGGCUCCGUCGAACAGAACGAGGUGCUUCCUUAUUACGUGCCAUGCUUGAAAGGAGAUUUUAUAUGCAGUAAUGGUAUCACGUGUUUGAAAUCAUAUCACGUAUGUGACGGUGCUAAACAGUGUUCUGACGGAAGUGACGAAGAAGACUGCAAAUACGGAAAUUGUGGUAAGGAUCAAUUUCGUUGUGAUGAAGGCAGUCCACAUGGACUAUGCAUACCACUCGAGAAGCGUUGUGAUGGAACGGUUGAUUGCUACGAUAGUCAAGAUGAACGAAAUUGUGUGUGCACUGGGUCGGAGUUUUUAUGUCAGUCGGGAGGUGCAUAUGGCCGGUGCAUUCUCAAAGACAACGUGUGUGACGGUUUCGAACACUGUAGUGAUGGAGCAGAUGAACACAAUUGUGAGAUUGCAAAUGGAUUUUUAUGCGACGGAAAUUCUCGUCGGAUCCCCGAUUCGUGGAAAUGUGACCGCGUCCCCGACUGUGAAGACUACAGUGAUGAAGAAAUGUGCGUUAAACGAGAUUCGUGUCUCAAUGGUCAAUUUACGUGCGGAAAUGGUAACUGUAUCCUGACAAACAAACGCUGUGAUUUCCAUAACGAUUGUCGUGAUUGGUCGGAUGAAUUCAAUUGCUCGUUUGAAAGUUGUGAUGGGGAUAAAGUGAUGUGCCACGAUGGUACAUGUCAGGAAGACCCGUCAGAGUGCCUCGUAUACAUAGGGAGUAAUGAAACUGACUUUCAGAAUCAAGCUAGCCAUAUACUAAAUUAUCCAAAGAAUAAUUUCAUCAAGACAAGAAAUCUGGUGUUUGGGGGGUUUACGGAGAAGACAUUAAAAGGACAGACGGAAGAUGACUGUCUUUCCCUGUGUCUAGAUGAACGCGACUUUCACUGCCGGUCAGUCAAUCACGUGCCUGACAAUGGAACAUGCGAACUGAAUUCUCAAAGUUUUGUAACACGAAAUGCCGUUGCCAUGACGACGAACAGAGCAGUUGUCUAUUACGAAAGCAUAAUUGGUAACUUUCCAUAUAAUAAUUUUAAAAGACGAGAUGGCAGAGCUAUAUUGGGUUACUAUGAGAUGAAAUUAGAGAAUAUGAAUGUUACAGAGUGUUUAAAAUCAUGUCUUCAAGAGACUCGGUUUCAUUGCCGUUCCGUCGAUUACUGGAUGGUGGGCAGAUUGUGUUGCCUCAGUGCACAUACAUCGUGGACCGCAGCUGUAGAGUAUACAACAGACCCUACUUACGUUCACUUUGAACGUUUCCGUUAUACUUAUCCGUACAAUCAGUUCGUCCCAUACAGAGGUUACCAGUCCUCGUUGUCACACCAUUCAAUUGAUGUGGAACUCACCGAGGAGGAGUGUCUCCAUGAAUGCAUGAGAUCACCCAAGAUCGACUGUCAUUCUGUUGACUAUUCAACGGACGGAGUCUGUCGUCUUAAUGCUCAGUCGCUGACAUCGGGUAAAGGAACUCUCACACCUGGCCAGGAGCACACGUUCUAUGACCUACGUAUAGCUUUCCCUAGGAAUCAUUUCAGUAAAACAAUAAGUGCAGCACUGACAUCGUACAAUGACCAGACUCUGUCCAAGAUCGAGUUAGAUGAAUGUCUACGAUACUGUCUAGAAGGCACAGCCUUUAUUUGCCAUUCUGUGGAUUAUACUUUAAAUGAAAACUGUUAUAUGAGUACUAAGUUUCCAGAGGAUACCGAGGGUGGACUCGGAGUAUAUAAGCUGACUAACUAUUACAGAAGUUACAAAGCAAAUUGCUUAGAAGGAGACCUUGCCUGUGAUCAUGGCCUUAUGUGUUUGAAAUCUCAACUUAUCUGUGAUAAAAUUCAUCACUGCCAAGACGGCAGCGACGAGAAAGACUGUGAUUAUGAUUGUGGCAACGAUGGAUUCCGGUGUAAAUAUGGUGGUCCUAGUGGCGCGUGUAUUCCCGCGAAGAACGUGUGUGAUGGUUACAAUGACUGUCUCAAAGGAACGGAUGAAGACUCACAAACAUGUGUUAUAUGCGGUGGAUUUAUGUGCGGUGAUUCGGAGUGCAUACCAAUGAAUCAAAGAUGCAACUAUCGCAGGGACUGCCGAGACGGUUCGGAUGAGAGAAAUUGUCUCUAUCCUCCUUGUCACGACCACGAGUUCAAAUGUCCUAAUAAAGUGUGUAUUGAUGUCUCCAAACUAUGCGAUGGUAAGAAUGACUGCGGUGAAUGGCAGGACGAGUGGAAUUGCGAGUACCGAGGGGAAUGCUACACAUUGGAGAAUGGUAACGAUUACCGUGGGAAAGUUAAUGUAACAGUGUCGGGUCGUGAAUGCCAAAGCUGGACGAAAAAUGUCCCACAUAAACAUCGCAUUAAACAGAGCAAAAGCAAAGGCAUUCAGUCGCACAACUAUUGCAGAAAUCCCGACAACGAACCAGCCACAUGGUGCUUCACAACAGACCCAUUCGUUCGGUGGGAAUAUUGUAACGCCGGCGUUCGCCAGCAACAAUGCGAUAAACCGACCACGACUUGCUUGUUAGAAUAUGAGUUCAAGUGUAAAAAUCAGUUAUGUAUUGACAAAGAAUACGUAUGCGAUGGGCGCAAUCAUUGCGGAGACUGGAGUGAUGAACUUGACUGCAAAUACCGUGGCGAGUGCUACGUGGAUAUAAACGGUAAAGACUAUCGUGGGACUGUAAACCGGACGGCAUCUGGACGUUUGUGUCAAAAAUGGACCUCUCAAACUCCCCAUGAACACCACUACUCCCCGGAGACAGCCUCCAACUUAGGAAUCGGUGACCACAACUAUUGCAGAAUACCGUCCCAGGCACAAAAUCAGAGAGCACCCUGGUGCAUCACUAUGGACCCCGACGUCAAAUGGGAGCAUUGUGACGUAGGCAAUCACAGCGAUAAAUGUGAAGAAGAGGAGUGUUUGUCUGAAGAAUUUACAUGCAACAGUGGACAAUGUGUUGCAAAGAAUAAACGUUGUGAUCGAACAACAGAUUGUAUCGAUGGUAGCGACGAAGACACAUGUAUCUAUUAUGUAGAUAAAUAUGGCGUUUGUCCACUGGGAACAUUCACUUGCAAUGACGGUACAUGUAUCGAUCAAUACUAUCAAUGUAAUGUGCGCAUCGAUUGUCCUGAUGGCUCCGAUGAACUGAACUGCGUUUCUGAGGACUAUGGAAGAGGAUGUUACCGUGGACGUGGCAGUGACUAUAGAGGUAUUGCUGAUAUAACUGCAUCUGGGAAGCCAUGUGUCAAGUGGGCAGAUUCGAAAUCUAAAUACACACCAAAGAAAAUGCCAAAUAUCGGUCUUGACGGCAAUGCUUGUCGAAACCCGAGUGAAGAGGUCGAGAAGACAAGACCUUGGUGUUAUAUUGUAGACGACUCCCGGGAUCAAAGGUCAUGGGAAUUCUGUGACAUACAACAUUGCAAUAACAUGGCAAAGGUUGAUAGAAUCGUCCAAUUACCGCAUGAUUGGUACCUGCAGUAUAGAAAGUAUUUUCAGUUGACUGAGGAUGAUAUUCGUGAUUUCGAAAAAUCUUACUACAUUGAUCCUGGAUUUGAUCGUGUCAAGGGGGAACAACCCCCUGACUGGUAUGGGUUCAUGGCAUUUAGUGCAACUCCGGAUUAUGGAGAUUUACAACAAAUAAUUAGAUUAUCUCGAUCUGAGACAGAACUACUUGGACACCAGUGUGAAGAUUUUAUACUGCAAUGUUCAUUUGAUCAACGAAGCUGUUCUUAUAGAGAUUUCUAUGUUUUUCCUGAUACGAAGUAUGGUAACUGUUUCACGUUUAACCACGGACGAAACUCUAGCCUGGGCUACUCAACAAGAGCUGGUGCUAACAAUGGUCUAAAGUUAACACUGUUCACCGAACAGAAUGAAUAUAUCAGUCUCUUUGGACAAGACUCCGGUGUCCGUGUUUCAUUACAUCCAGUUGAUACCAAGCCGUUCCCUGCGGAAGAUGGUUUCACAAUAAGGCCGGGGACAGUCACAUCGGUGUCAGUUCGAAAGGGACAAAUACGUCGUUUGCCGCACCCACACGGUGACUGCACUGAAUAUGGCCCUGUUGACUUUGGUAGCAGUGCAGAGUGGAAUUACACGGUUUCUCGCUGUCUACAUCAGUGCAUCAAACGUACCAUGUUAAAAGAGUGUGGUUGCGUAGAUGGAUUUUUGGACGAUGGGCCUAAUUGCAUGAUUACAAAUCGAACACAGGUCGCGUUUACUGAAAGGGCUACACUCAGUAAACAACAAGACAAAAAUCGUCCAGAACAACAGCGUUGCACACUACAGAUGUCACCGUUAUGUGUUUCCAUCGCUAGAGGGCGCGAUAUAAAAAUAUAA